UGUGAUAUGAGGGUGAGCAGGCAGAAAGGGCUUGGUCGGGGUGUCACUGGUCUAUCUGUGCGCCUCUGGACAGCAGAUAACCGGGCUGCCGCCGCCGCCGCUGCCGCCGCCGCCGCUACCGCCGCUGCCUCGUAGAUGAAUCUCCUCCUCGGCUAUGCUGCCCUGAGAGCGCCGCGAGUAUCCGCCCCGCCAACAUGUCUGAUGUCAACAAGACUGUUCAGAAAUGGCACGCCAGUUUUAAGAAAGGCACAGACUUUGACUCGUGGGGACAAUUAGUGGAGGCUAUAGAUGAGUACCAAAUUCUCGCAAGGCAGCUGCAGAAAGAGGUCCAGGCAACCAACUCGUCAGACUUCACAGAGGAGCAGAAGAAAACUUUAGGAAAGAUUGCAACAUGCCUGGAAAUGAGAAGUGCCAGUUUGCAGUGCACACAGUCAACGGAGGAGUUCAAGUUAGAAGAACUGAAGAAACUGGAAACCAUAAUUCAAAAUAUACUGACCUACAACAAAGAAUUCCCCUUUGAUGUCCAGCCUGUGCCCUUAAGGAAAAUCCUGGCUCCGGGUGAGGAGGAGAACCUGGAGCUGGAGGAGGAGGAGGAUGCUGCGGCAGGAGGAGGUUCUACGGAGGCUUUCCCCCCGCGAGCCCCUGCUUCGCAAGGUACCUUGUUGCCACGGUUACCCUCAGAGCCCGGGAUGUCCCUACUUACAAUAAAGAUUGAAAAAAUUGGGUUGAAGGAUGCGGGCCAAUGCAUCGACCCUUACAUGACCAUCAGCGUCAAAGAUUUGAAUGGUGUAGACUUGAACCCGGUGCAGGACACCCCCGUGGCCACCAGGAAGGAAGACACCUACAUUCACUUCAGUGUGGACGUGGAGAUCCAGAGACAUGUGGAGAAACUACCAAAAGGAGCAGCUAUCUUCUUUGAAUUCAAGCACUACAAACCCAAGAAGAGGUUCACCAGCACAAAGUGUUUCGCCUUCAUGGAAAUGGACGAGAUCAAACCCGGCCCCAUUGUGAUCGAGCUGUACAAGAAGCCCACGGACUUCAAGAGGAAGAAGCUGCAGCUUCUGACAAAGAAACAACUCUAUCUCCACCUUCAUCAGACGUUACACAAGGACAGCUAAGUCGGAGCGCGCCUUGAACUUUGAACCACCUCUUUAAUCUGUCUCUUCAUCCACGUCCAGCGAAGCGUGGCGUUCCAACUCAUCGCAUCCAGCAAUACUAAAUCAAGGCUGUAAUCAUGUUUUUCCCCAUGAGCAUAUAAAGAAAGGAAAGGGAGCUGAGCUGAACAUGAGUUGCAUCAGCUCAGACCGCCGCAUUCAUUCAGCAUUUUUGCAUUCUUUGCUUCUGUUGUCAGCUGUAAAACCCUUAAAAUAAGUUGUUUUCACCAGUUAGAGACACAUGUUGCAGCAGGGUUGUGUUAAAUCAGCUGAACAACCUCAUCUCCAGUCUUCCUCAGUUCACUGGUUGUUGGAAACACAACGUGAGUUAUUGCAGGUGCUUUAUUUGAGUCUGAAUAGCAUUUGACUCGCUAUGAGGCGUUUGUGCUGCUGGAGUUUGCACUCUCUCGAGUUAAAUUUAGCAAAACAUUAAAAGCGACUAGCAGCUGCAAAACAAUGCAGACUUUUUUUGCAGUUUGCAGAGCAAUUCUCUAAAUAAACGACAUGCAAACAGCAGCACAAGCAACAGGUCCUGAAUCCUGUCACAGUCCAGAAUGAUUUAGGAGGAUAAUUAUAGACUUUCAUAGUGUUUAAUUAUUAUCACUGAAAUCAGUUAGUAAAAAAAAAAGCUAUUACAAACUGGUUAAUUACAUUUGCAAACUUAAAGGCUGAUUAAAAAGACCUAAUUCAUCAAUUAAGUAUUCAGACUGCUUAAAUUACUAAUAAUUGAAUUGUACAAUUUGAAUGACAAAAUUAGUUAUAAAAAAAGCUAUUAAUUCAAACGUUGUGUUAAUGUAUUUGCUAAUGUGUCUGCCAAUCAUAAACCGUCUCACAAUGUGUUUGUUUUUUGCUUUAACAUUUGUGGUUUCUUUAACAUUAACCCGCAUUAACUGAUGUUUUUGGCCACUUGGGGGCAGCGGAUAAAAUCUGUGAGCACAAAACUGACAUAUCGCCACCUUCCUGCUCGCACAUUCAGCGGCCGCGGUGCAACGCUAGCGAUUAUCUGAGUCGUGUUUUUGUCCAUCCGAUGAUGGACACAAACACACUCUCAUUUUAGCUCUGUUUUGGUCUCCGCCGACAUCUGAGGGGGAUAUCAGGUUCUGUAGCUGUUAAAUUCUCCAUUAUGAACACCAGCUAGCUUUAAGUUAGCUGUAGCUGGGUGAUAAUUCUCUGUGGGCUUGUCUUCAUGAGCUACACCUGUCACAUUACAGGUAGUCUACUGGCUCAUUUAUAUAAAAAUACUGAUUACUGCAGCUUUAAAUUAAAGCAGCAGACACUGAUUGGCCGGCUGUUGUGUGUUGGCAGGAGUCUAACCAAUCAGAGCUCUUUCUGCUGUUCUGUGGGUGGGCACACUGCUUACAAAUCUUUAAAUUCAAGAGUUGUCUUUAUAUUAUAGCUAUCAUGAAAUGGAAAUUGUAAAUUGAAUAGAAUAUUAAACAGUAAAAAAAAGCCCACACUUGUCCUUGUCAGCAGUGGCAUUUAUAAUGUUAAAUGGUGCAGUUAUAUGUCAAACACAUUUUAUUAUUAUUAUCAUUAGUUUUUGUUAAAAUAUUUCAAGUUUGAUUAAAGGGCCAGAUUUCUAUACUUGAUUAAGUAUUUGUUCCAGGCCAAAUUCAAUGAGAUUAUGAACCAGUAGCAAUUAAAUGUCCCCAUAAUUCUCACAGUCCUCACAUGUAUGUCAGUGUUCAUGCUUCAGUUGGUAUUUGAUUUGUAUUUAUGGUUUCAUGAAUGCAUGCAGAGCAGUUUUAAUGCUGUGGAUGUGUGAUCAUGUAUUCAGUGUGAACAUCUGGCCCAGACGUUUAACAACACCUUUUCUUCAAAGCAAGCAGAAAUAGUGUUCAGGUUGGAUUGGAUGGAAGUUUAUCACCUGCCAGCACAUUUUUUUCAAAUCUGGUGUUACUUUGCAGAUCAGAUGUUUGAUGUACGCAGUUAGAUUUGAUCAGUGUUUACAUGGGACCAGGUCUAGAGGAUGCAUCUUUAUUAGCAGGUAAAGGACAGGAAUUGCGCUCUUGGACUGACUUUUUAAGAAUCGCCUUUCUCUUAAACUGCUACUCAGAAAAGCCCACUACUUUUAUUUUGAAAUUUCAUGUCACCCUGUUAUAAAGGGCUUUUAAAAAAAAAAAAAAAAAAAAUGAAGUUACAUGUGUUUGUGUUUCAGUUCCGACUUU